AUGGAACAAUUUUUAAAUAUUCAAUAUAAACUUAGCAAAUCUGAAAAUUUCGAUGAAUACAUGAAAGCUUUAGGUGUUGGGUUGGUCACUAGAAAAAUGGGAACUGCAAUGACACCCGUUGUAUCAUUAAGUUUAAAAGAUGGAACCUAUACUUUGACCACGAGUACAACGUUUAAAAAUCAAGUUCCUAACGAGGAAUUCGAAGAAGAAACAUUGGAUGGAAGAAAAGUCAAAUCCAUUGUAAAAUUUGAUGGAAAUAAAAUGAUUCAAACGCAAAAAGACAGCGUUGGAAAAGUUAUUUCUAUAAUCGAAAGAGAAUUUUCAAAAAAUACUAUGACGACGGUUCUUACAGCUGGAGAUGUUGUUUCCACAAGAGUUUACGAAAGAGUAGGCAAUUAA